AUGACCAGCUACAGAGAGUACCAGAAGGUGCUCAAGCUCACGAUACGCGAGCCCCACGCCACCGUCACGCCGCCCGCUUCGAGUCCCGAGGCGUCGCCCACGCUCGCUCCCCAAAACUGCGGUCCAGAGCGGAGGAAAAAAAUCACACGAACAAAGACCGGCUGUUUCUGCUGUCGAAGAAGAAAGAAGAAGUGCGACGAGAAGAAGCCGGCCUGCUCGGGCUGCGUGCGCAACAUGCUCACGUGCGUGUAUCCCGACAAGGACGAGAUCGCCAAGUGCAAGCGCAAACGAAGGCCACAGAGCCAGGAACACGUCCCAUUCUUGCCGCUCUCGCCACUCAGCUCCCCCACCAUCAGGGAGCGAGAAUAUACCAUGGAACGCACAAGACCCACGCCCACGAGCGACAUCCCAGAGGUGGCUCUCACGCCGAAAUGGCGCCCGUCCACGGGGAUCAGCAUCAAAAGUUUACUGAAUUAG